AUAAUCUUGAUUGAGUCACUAUUCAGUCCGAUUUUGAAAAUACUGAUGACUUGUAAACCUGACCCUUAAUCUUGGCGGAGUUAUUAUCAGAUCCGAAUUUGAAAACACCGGUGGUAAUGAAGUCCAUGUAACGAUUUACAACUAUUUAAGAUUUAUCUUGUUGGACACUAAGCUGGCGGGAAGCCGUUCAGAAACAGAGCACCAACGGCUUUACAAAUGCAUCAGGACCUUCUACUUCUUCAGUGCACAUCCUCCAACUUUAAAUCCAAUGAUCUAAAUAAGCCAAAAUAAUCUUAAAAAUGUGCCCAUCCAAUUCUCUGCUUCAAAGAUAAUGGAAUGGCAAGAAAUGUAUUCUUCAAACAAGUCAUUGCAGACCUCUCUCUGCCCAACUCAUCGCCGUUUGCUAAACUCUUGGACUCCUGCAUCAAAUCAAAGUCAGCUCGUGAUGUGGUCCGUGUACAUGCCCGUAUCCACAAAUCCCAGUUCAGCCAUGAAGUUUUCAUUAACAACAGGCUCAUUGAUGCUUAUGGGAAGUGUGGUUCUCUGGACAAUGCCCGGAAGAUGUUUGAUGGAAUGCCUCGAAGGAAUACCUUCACUUGGAAUUCAAUGAUAAGUGCAUUGACGGUGUCUGGAUUUGUUUGCGAGGCUGAGAAAUAUUUCUCUCUAAUGCCUGAGCCAGAUCAGUGCUCGUGGAACCUGAUGGUAUCUGGGUUUGCACGUCAUGAGUUUUUUAUUGAUUCGAUUGAGUAUUUCGUGAAAAUGCAUAGGGAGGAUUUUGUGGUGAAUGAUUAUUCUUAUGGUAGUGUGCUUAGCGCUUGUGCAGGGUUGAGGAACUUGAAAAUGGGUACUCAAAUCCAUGCUUCAGUGGCUAAGUCUUUGCACUCAGCUGAUGUUUAUAUUGGGUCUGCGCUUGUUGAUAUGUACUCCAAGUGUGGGAGGGUGGGUUGUGCUCAGAAGGUAUUUGAUGGAAUGGGAGAACGAAAUGUGGUAUCUUGGAACAGUCUGAUUACUUGUUAUGAACAAAAUGGGCCUGCAAUUGAAGCGCUAAGGGUCUUUGUGAAGAUGAUGAACUGUGGGAUUAAACCAGAUGAGAUGAGUUUGGCUAGUGUGGUGAGUGCUUGUGCAAGUUCAAAUGCAAUUAAAGAAGGUAAAGAAAUUCACGCACAAAUUAUGAAGUUUGAUGGAUUUAGAAAUGAUAUUGUUAUAUGCAAUGCGUUGGUUGAUAUGUAUGCAAAAUGUGGCAGAAUUUCUGCGGCAAGGUGUAUAUUUGAUAGCCUGCAAAUGAGAACUGUGGUGUCAGAGACUUCUAUGGUUACUGGAUAUGCUAGGGUAGCAAGUGUUAAGUCUGCAAGAGCACUUUUUAGUAGAAUGACUGAAAGGAAUGUAGUAUCUUGGAACGCACUUAUUGCAGGCUAUACACAAAAUAGGGAGAAUGAAGAGGCAUUAGGACUCUUUCUUCAAUUAAAACGGGAAUCUGUUUGGCCGACACAUUACACCUUUGGGAAUCUUCUAAAUGCUUGUGCAAACCUAGCUGAUUUAAAGCUGGGGAAGCAAGCUCAUGCCCAUGUUCUUAAGCAUGGAUUUCGGUUUCAGUAUGGCCCCGAACCUGAUGUUUUUGUUGGGAAUUCUCUCAUUGAUAUGUAUAUGAAAUGUGGGUCAGUUUUAGAUGGUAGUUCAGUUUUCCGAAGUAUGGUUGAGAGAGAUUAUGUUUCAUGGAAUGCCACCAUAGUAGGGUAUGCUCAAAAUGGGCAUGGAAUUGAAGCCCUUGAUUUUUUCAGGCAAAUGUUGAGAGCUGGAGAGAAGCCAGAUCAUGUAACGAUGAUUGGAGUCCUUUGUGCUUGUAGCCAUGCAGGACUGAUUGAAGAGGGGCGCCUAUAUUUUUAUUCUAUGGAGGAGUAUGGUAUAGAUCCCUUGAAGGACCACUAUACUUGUAUGGUUGAUUUACUUGGUCGAGCUGGACUUCUUAAUGAAGCAAAAAGUUUGAUUGAGUCAAUGCCUAUGCCUCCUGAUGGUGUGGUAUGGGGUUCUUUGCUUGCUGCUUGUAAAGUUCAUGGAGACAUUGAUUUAGGUAGGUUUGUUGCUGAGAAGCUUCUUGAGCUUGAUCCUAAUAAUUCUGGCCCCUAUGUUCUUCUUUCAAACAUGUAUGCUCAACUUGGGCUGUGGACAGAUGUUAAAAGAAUCCGAAAACUUAUGAGACAGCAAGGUGUUGUUAAGCAGCCUGGUUGUAGCUGGAUUGAGAUAGAGAGCAAUAUGCAUGUAUUUUUGGUAAAAGAGAAGAGGCAUCCUCAGAAGAGGGAAAUAUAUUUGCUACUGAAGACACUAACUAAAUUGAUGAGGCUAGCUGGAUAUGUACCUGAUGUAGGUGCUUUUUAUGCUGAUGAGGAGUACAGACCAGAGUACACCUCCGUAGAUGAAUUGAGCUCCCCUUUGCUUGCUUCGGCUGCACUAUGAAGAAGCUAUUACUUGUGCCCUAAUCUUGGGUAUUGCCCCUUAUGACUUCCUUUUUCAGAUGAGAUGAUGCAACAAAUAUAUGAGGGCAGAAGGUGUUGCAAGCAGCCAGCUUCCUUCUUCUUAUUCAUGAUCAAACAAAUAUAAUAAGGACAUAAAGUGUUCCAAGCAGCCUUCCUCUUGAUGAAAAAUAUACAAUAUACCUAAAGUUAGUGCAUUCUUUUAAUGGUUUAUCGUUUAAAUAUACCUGCUAUCACUGUUAGGAGACAUAUAUGUGACCUACUAGUUUUUCCACUUUGCAUAUAAAUUCUUCUUAGUGAAUUUUCUGGUGAUACGAGAUUUCAUACUAUUCUUUGGUUAAUCCACAAGCAGUUAUUGCCUUGGGAUUGGGGAAGGGGGGAGGUUGGGGGAGGGGAGAGGAGAACCAGCAGGCAAACGAGACCUUAUACCAGAAUGACUACAGUGAGAUUGUAUGAGCAAGUGUUUAAACCAAGAAUAUGAUUGGUGUCAUCUGCCCUUCACCCACUCUUCUUUGGCUUUAUCAAUAAUAACAGUGUGUAAAGGUCAUCUGUUACAGUUGCUGCUAAGAAUAUCUAGGACAUAAUUAGAAUUCAGGUUGUCAUGGUCCUUUACACAUCUAAAGAAUUAGGAGUAUUAUUCUUGUCCAGUAAGCAAGCGAACCAGCUGCUUCCACAACUUCGUUUUUGCAACAAGACGAGCUGUAGAGUGACAUGCUGUUGCCUCACUCAUUUCAGACAGAUUGUACUGCAAGAUACUCUUUGAUGUUGGAGGAUUUGGUUCUCUAACUUCAAGACAAUUCCAUGAAACCUUUGAUAGGUAACUAAAAGACUCAGUGCUUCACAGCAUUUACCAGCUAAUCUCUUAGUAUUUUGCUUCUAUGCUCUUAUUUGCUUCCCCAUCGUGUACUUUCUCACUCUCUAGAAAGAUUGUUCUGUACUUUUAAAGCUAAAGUUUGACUUCAAAAAGAAAUUGUACUUUCGGUCUUGUUCUUUUGGAAAUACUGCAUCUUGUCUUCUUAUGAAUUCAAUAUAUUAGGUUUUGAUUAUGCAUGAACCACCAAAAAAUUUUUUUUUUUUUGCUCGUUACUUGGUACAACUCAGUUGUAGAAAGAUCCCAUAAAAUUUGACGGUGGAGUAUAAUAUGCUUUGUUUAAUAUUCAGGAAACAAAUUGCAAGUUCUUAAUGUUUUUGGAAUUUCACAUUCAAAUCAUUCAUUUUUUUUGCUUGUUGAUUAAGUAUUGGAAGCCCAGGUCCCUUUCUAUGAAUUUUAACUCUUUGUCUUGAAGACCGAUUAUCAAGAAAGAAUAUGAUAAAACUUGUUAGGAGGCCUGAAAAAGCUCUUAUUCUGAAUAUUACCUUGAUUUCUACUCUUUGAUCAAGAUGCACAAUUGACUUCCUCAAGGGCCUGAUGGUUGAGAAGUUAUGUGAAAUUUGCAUGUAGUAUGCUCACCUAGAAUAAGACCUUGUAUUCAGUAGGAGUUAGCAGAGAAAGCUUUUACAUCCAGUUGGGAUAUUGACAAUAUGUUUUCUUAUCAUUGAGAUGAAUAUUCAAGCUUUAUAUGAUGAGAAAUAUCCUGGAAGACUGGCCUUCAUGACAUUGUUUUUUCGAUCUCCUCAAAUUCUUGCUUGCUCAGGUAUUAUUUAUUAUUUUGGUUACUAUGCUGAUUAAAUAGUAAGCAAUUCUUCACUUUUUCAGCUCUUAAGGAUGGCUACUUAACCUCUAUAUGUGUGUAUCUUUGUUGUUAUGUAUCACUUCAUUUUCACUUCCACAGGCCAGCUCCCUCAUUUAGGUCAUUGAUGUCAGAAUAUUUAAUGUGUUCAAUCAGGCAUUAAUUUUACGUGGAGUUAUAGUUCCAGCCAUGUCUCUACAGUUAUCUUUAAGCCAAAGUAUGUCUAAAAAUACACAAGUUGGUUCUGAUAUUAAAAUUCUGUGGCACCUUUAAAAUAUUUCUUGUUAAGUAGCAAAUCACUUAGUGAGAUGCUUUCCUGUUCAAGUUGCUGGUGAAUCACAGUACCCAUCUAGAAUGUAAUUUACCUUUGUUGUGGUACAACUUCAUGCUUUUUGCCAUGCAUAUGUAGCUUUCCCGUGCCAUGCUCAUAACGUAUGUGGAAGUAGAUGAAGGCCCAUGGUUGUAUUGCUUCUAGAAGUAGUUUAGGUACCACAUUUACUGCAUGUAGUCACCUAAGCAUAAGCACUUACAUGGAUGGUUAGAGGACACCAAAGGAGUGUUGCUGUAAACACUGUGCUCUGCAGCAUUAGGUUUUUCACUUGCUGCAUCAGUUUCUAUUUUUACCUGGCAUCUUUUUGACAUAUAAGCAUGUUUUUAGCACAGACAUUAACUUUAGCAUGACAUGUCAACAAAAUGGGCAAUAAACAGUUUACCCAAUUUAUGCUUCUGGAUAGUAGAGGUCUGGAUUCUCUUUUGUUGGAUAAUAUCAUCGUUCCAAAGGAUUAGAAUUAAUAGUCUGAUACCUAAGUCAGAAGGGAGAGCUUAGUGUUUCAAUUGGAUGCAUAUUCACAAUAUAUCCACUGUUUUAGUUAUUUACCUUCUCUGCAUGACCAGAACUCAGUUUUGUUUCUUACAUAUGCUUUAAGCGUUCUUAUACACAUUUAUAGUUUCUUUGAAUCUUAGGUGGGGAUGCACAAUCAGAUUUUUGGUGCUGUAGACAUCAGCAUCAUUCUUCUAAUGUGGAUUUGAUUGAAUGGAGAAACAUUGAAUGGAGAAACAGACACAUAUUGACAACUGGUGCCUCUUCUCGGUUAUUUCAUCUGGUUGAUGUGCUAAUUCUGCUAAGAUGAUUUGGUCCAUCUGGCACCCUUGCAGCAGGCAGUAUUCACCCCCCAAGUCACCCAUUUGUGGUUGAGCUUCUGAUGAUUGUAUGAUAUUUGCUGCUGUCACGAGUGGGAAUCUCGGGACAACAAGAUAAGGGUUAAGGCCACCUUUAGCAGAGGAACAUAGUAAAAUGUUACUAAAGUAGUUGCUUGGCCUUGUCCAAUCCAGAAUUUUGUUAUAGUGACUGCUGCAACUCUAAUUAUCUGCAAUUUUUGACAGUAUCAAGCAAACAGUCACAUGCAUGUACAGGUAGUUGUUUUGUACACAUUUUAAGUCAGAUAGUCUGUUAAUCUGAAUUGUGUUUCUCAAGGAAAAAUAGAUGAGAAAUAAAAUUAAAAAUCAAAA